UUGGAAUAAACACAGAGAAUAUAAGCAAAUACUGGAUACACUAAAUGCUGAUAUAAUUUGUUUUCAAGAAACGAAAGUUACUAUAGAUAAACUAGAUUCUUCCCUUGCAAUAAUACCAGGAUAUGACGCUUAUUUUUCUUCUUCAAGAGGAAAAGGUGGAUAUGCUGGAGUCGUAACAUAUGUAAGGACAAGUACCGUUAAACCAAUUGCAGCUGAAGAAGGAAUCUCUGGCGUUUUAAGUGAAAUACCCGCAAAUGCUAAAUCAAAAGAUAAUAUGACGACAGCAGGAAUCAAACCUAGUAUUACUAGUGAAUUUACAACAGAUGAGUUGUUAGAAAUAGAUUCGGAAGGUCGAUGCGUUACUCUUGAUUUUGAAACAUUUGUUUUGUUCAAUGUAUAUUGUGUACAUGAAUCCUCUCAAGACCGACUUCCGUACAAAUUAAAAUUCUAUAAAAUAUUACAAAAGCGUGUGGAAGCUUUGCUUGAUUCUGGGAGACAAGUUAUAGUUAUUGGAGAUUUAAAUGUUACACAUAAAGAAAUAGAUCAUUGUGAUCCUCAAAAAUCAAUGAAAGAGUAUGGUUUAGAAUCUUUUGGUGAUCAUCCGGCAAGAAUAUGGUUUGAUAGUUGGGUUUCGCCGAAUGGUCCAAUGAUUGAUUUGUGUAGGAAACUUCAUCCGGAUGAAGAAGGAAUGUUUACAUAUUAUAUACUUGUUAGUGAAGGCUUGGUAAAAUGGUUUAAAUCAUGCGAUGUAAAACAAGAUAUUAUGGGGUCUGAUCAUUGUCCAAUAUUUGGCGAAUUAUUUGAUGAAAUACAUGAAGGGGAUCAUAAACUUUCAUUAUUUAAGGAAGAUGCUUUAAAGGCAACAACACCGAAACUUUGUGCAAAAAAUUUGGCAAGAUUUUCAGGAAAUCAGCAAACACUGAAAAGCUUUUUUACCAAGCAGGAUAUAAGAGAAAAACAAGCACAGGAAAUGAAAUUAGAAACUUCGAAGAUUAGUAAUGAUGAAAAUGUAAAAAAAAUAACUAGUAUAAUACCAUCGGAUUCAUCAAGUUACAUUUCUGAAGGUUUAAAAGGGCAAUUGGAACUUGAAGGGAAGACAGGAAGUCGAUAUCUAGUUCAAAAGAAUAAAUUGAACCCUUCAAAGUCAACGACGAGUUACAAAACCAAGACAAAAUCAAAAUCAUCAUCUUCAAACCAAGCACCUUUAAUGUCAUUUUUCAAAAAAACCAUUCAAGAAAAAUCACCAGAAAAAAAAUUAGAAUUAGUAAACAAGUCGGAAGAAGAACGGGUAGAGUUAGAUUCAGUCAAUAUAUCUGAUUCCUCAAAUUCACCUGAAGAAUCUUUAUAUGAUAUGCUUGAUAAUGAAUAUGAACGCACGGAGAUUUCUCCCAGUAAUAAUAAAGAAGAAAUACAAUCUCAAUGGAAUGAUUUAUUCAAACCAAGGCCUAUUCCAAAUUGUAUUGUACAUGGAGAAUCAUGCAAAGAAUAUACAGUUAACAAACCUGGAAUAAAUCAGGGAAGACGAUUCUACUUGUGUUCGAGGCCUGUUGGAAAUUCUCAGGAAAGCCGUUGUGACUAUUUUGAAUGGGUCAAUGGGAAUAAAUCCAAGUUUUCGAAGCCUGUAAAAAGAUCUUUUUCAGGCCAAAUUCAUGAUAAUAAGUCAAACAAAAAGAAACGAGAUUCUUAA